AUGUCACCCUAUGGGAAUGGAAACCUCUCAGUGAUGCCUCUGCAGGAGUUCGUGCUGGAUGGGUUUGCGGGUGGCCCACAGACUCAGGCCCUGCUGUUUGCUCUGUUCCUGGCACUGUAUGUGGUGGACGUCCUGGGGAACCUCACCAUGAUCGUGCUCAUCACCCUGGAUGCCCGUCUGCACUCCCCAAUGUACUUCUUCCUCAAGAACCUCUCCUUCCUGGACCUGUGCUACUCAUCUGUCAUCUACCCCAAGGCCCUGUUUGACUUAAUGUCGUCAACCAAGGUCAUCACCUUUGCAGGAUGUGUCACCCAGUUCUUCUUCUCCACCAUGAUCACCACUGAGGGAUUCCUCUUGGCUGUGAUGGCCUAUGAUCGCUUCGUGGCCAUCUGCAGUCCCCUGCGCUACCCCAUCUCCAUGCGCCCCUCGGUCUGUGCCUGCCUGAUGCUGGGCUGCUACUGUGGAGGCUCCUUCAACUCCAUCCUACAAGCCAGCUUCACAUUCAGCCUCCCAUUCUGCAGCUCCAACCACAUCGACCACUUCCACUGUGAUGUUCUCCCUCUGCUCAAGCUUGCCUGUGCUGACACUACCAUCAAUGAGCUGGCCUUGUUUGGCCUGUGUGGCCUCAUCAUUGUGGGCACCAUACUCGUGAUCCUCAUCUCCUACGGCUACAUCACAGGGACCAUCCUGAGGAUGCGCUCAGGAGGAGGGAGACACAAGCUGUUCUCCACCUGCGGCUCCCACAUGACAGCCUUGUCCCUCUUUUAUGGAACCCUUUUUGUCAUAUAUGCCCAGCCGGGAGCUGUGGAGUCCAUGGAGCAGGGCAAGGUGGUCUCUGUCUUCUAUACCCUGGUCAUCCCGAUGCUCAACCCCCUCAUCUACAGUCUGAGGAACAAGGAGGUGAAGGAUGCCCUGUGGAGACUGGGGCAGAAACACACAGCCAUGUGA